AUGGAAUGGGUAAUUGAAGAAGCAGAACCCCUCAACCAGCACGUCUUAGAGGAAGAUGAAGAUUUGGAGUUCGAAGUAUCAAUUUGGGUACAUCAGAACAUUAUAAAAUUGAGCAAGGAAUUUGGGGUGAACUUCAGUGGAUGUGAGCGAGAAGCACUGGAGCUGUUUACAAAAAUAGACAGCAGAAGGCAGGCCAACAAAGGGAAAGCAGUAUCACAGAUUCUACAGACAUCAAAGAAAAAGGGAGCAAAGGAGAUAAAAGCUUUGGAAAUUGGCAGGAUUGCAUGCCUUCAAGAAUCAAAGUUAGAGGGGGAUAUCAGGGAGUUAGUGAAGGAGUUGUGGGACAGCAGAUGGGUGAAAUUUGCCCAGUUAGAGGCUAGUGGGACCAGAGGGGGAAUUAUAAUAAUGUGGGAUGGUAGAGUUUGGGAGGGAGAGGUGGGUUACAUUGGAGCCUACACUAUCACUUGCAAUUUCUCAGGAAAGAUUCAGGAGUAUUCAUGGCAUCUAUCGGGGGUGUAUGCUCCAAAUGAUAGAUAUAAGAGGGAGGAAGUCUGGUGGGAACUGGCAGGGGUAAGAGGUCUUUUUGAGGGGCCUUGGGUAGUUUGUGGGGAUUUCAACACUGUGAGGUAUACAUCAGAAAAGAAAAAUUGCUCCAGAACUUCAAUGGCAAUGAUGAAUUUCUCUAAUUUCAUUGAAAACAUGGAGUUGGUAGAUAUUCAACUAGAAUGGGGGAUUAUACAUGGAGGAAAGGAGAUAGGCAUGUGGCAGCAGCUAGACUGGACAGAUUCUUAUUUUCAUUGGAAUGACAACUUCAGUAACAUAAAGCAACAAUUAGUGCAGAAAGUGAACUCAGACCAUUCCCCAAUAAUGCUUCAAUCAGGCUCUUGGGAACCAACUAAGUCUUACUUUAAGUUCGAGAACUGGUGGCUACAAACUGAAGGGUUCAUAGACAAAAUUGAGGAAUUGUGGAAAUCCUUCACCUGUCAAGGAAGACCAGACUUCAUUCUAGCCUAUAAACUAAAAGCACUAAAAGCAAAGCUUAAAGAUUGGAGUAAAACAAUUGAAGGCAAUCUAGUUAGGCAGAAAACAAGCAUCCUCAAUCAACUAGCAGAAAUGGAGGAAGUACAAGGCAAAGAAGCCUGCCUGAUGAAGAAAUCUUCACAAAAGCAUCAUUCAAAUGCCCACAGAAGAUAUAACCACAUAGACCAAUUGAUUGUAGAGGGAGAGACCUUCCAGAGCCCGGAAGAUAUCAAGAGGGAGAUAAUCAGAUUUUACAAAAACAUAUACACUGAAGAAGAGGAGUGGAGACCAACAGAAUCAAGCAGGAAUCAACCAAUGAUUUCACCAGAGGACAAUUCAAUGUUGCAGAACUCCUUUGGAGAACAGGAAAUCUGGGAUAGUGUCAGGGCAUGUGCAAGUGACAAAGCACCUGGACCAGAUGGUUUUUCAAUGGCUUUUUUUAGCAAGUGUUGGAGUGUGGUCAGGGAAGAUGUAGUAGCAGCAAUACAGAAUUUCCACAGCCAAGGAGUCUUUGAAACGAGUAUAAAUGCCACUUUUGUGGCUUUGAUUCCUAAGAAGGUGGGAGCCAAAGAGUUAAGAGACUUUAGGCCUAUCAGCUUGAUAGGUAGUAUAUACAAGAUCAUCUCCAAGUUACUAACUGAGAGACUCAAAAAGGUGAUCAGCAAGCUGGUGGACUCCCAACAGAUGGCAUUCAUUAAAGGCAGACAGAUCAUGGAUGCAGUCCUAAUAGCUAAUGAGUGCAUUGACACAAGGAAAUCAACUAAAGAGCCUGGGAUACUAUUAAGUUACUCAAUAUUGAUCAAUGGAGCACCAGCUGGUUUCUUUCCUUCUCAAAGGGGGCUUAGACAAGAGGAUCCUCUCUCCCCUUUUCUGUUCUUUAUUGCCAUGGAAGGAUUGAAUGACAUGCUAAAAGUAGCUCAAACAAAGGACUGGAUAAAAGGCUUUAAAGUGAGUAGCAAGGCUGAUAGUCACAAGAGAAUGUCACACCUACAGUAUGCGGAUGAUACCUUAGUGUUCUGUGAAGCUAAAAGAGAACAAGUAAAGAAAAGCUACAUCUACCCUGUUAAUGAGGUGCUGGAAAUACAAAGUGUGGCUAACAUUCUGGGGGAAAGAGUAGGGGAACUUCCUACUGUAUACUUGGGGAUGUCUUUGGGUGCAAAAAGCAAGUCUAAAGCUUAUGUAGUAAAGAGAAUUGAUGCUUUAAGAAGGAAAUUCUUGUGGAAAGGUAAUAGUGAAAAGAAGAAGUUCCAUCUGGUUAGAUGGAAUGAUCUGACAAUCAGCAAAAAGGCAGGGGGAUUGGGAAUAAAGAACCUGAGAGUGCAGAACCAAAGUUUGAUGAUGAAGUGGCUAUGGAAACUGCAGCAGAAGAACAAACCUUGUGGUCAGAGGUCAUUAGGGAGAAAUAUGGAAAGGAAGGGAACUGGACAUCCAAGCCAAUGA